CAGGGAGGAGAUCCGGGAGGCUGAGAUGGUGGAGGCUGAGUGCGAGCAGCAGAAGCCGGUAGACAGCGCUCAGAAGGCGUAUUCAGGAGCAGGAGACCCCGCGGAUAGAGUCUCCUACGAGCUGCCCUGGGUGGAGAAAUACAGGCCGGUCAAACUGAACCAGAUCGUGGGGAACGAAGAGACGGUGAGUCGGCUGGAAGUGUUCGCCAGAGAGGGAAAUGUCCCCAACAUCAUCAUAGCAGGUCCUCCAGGAACAGGGAAGACCACCAGCAUCCUGUGUUUGUCCCGGGCGCUGCUGGGAGCCUCCAUGAAGGACGCCGUGCUGGAGCUCAACGCCUCCAACGAAAGGGGAAUCGAAGUGGUGAGGAACAAGAUCAAGAUGUUUGCUCAGCAGAAAGUCACGCUGCCCAAAGGACGACACAAGAUCAUCUUCCUGGACGAAGCCGAUAGCAUGACGGACUGCGCCCAGCAGGCGCUGCGGAGGAUCAUCGAGAUCUACUCAAAGACGACGCGCUUCGCUCUGGUGUGCAACACGUCAGAUAAGAUUAUCGAGCCCAUCCAGUCGCGCUGCGCCGUGCUGCGCUACGCCAAGAUGACAGACGGGCAGAUCCUGGCACGCCUGCAGGACGUCGUCCAGAAGGAGGAGCUGUCGGUGUCUGACGGCGGUCUGGAGGCCGUCAUCUUCACCGCACAGGGAGAUAUGAGACAGGCGCUAACUAACCUUCAGUCGACCCACUCCGGCUUCGGCUUCAUCAACAGUGAGAACGUGUUCAAAGUGUGCGAUGAGCCCCACCCUCUGCUGGUGAAAUCCAUGCUGGAACACUGCGUGGCGGGCGACAUUGACCAGGCGUACAAAGUGGUGGAGUCGCUGUGGGCGCUCGGAUACUCGCCAGAUGACAUCAUCGGGAACAUUUUCCGGGUUUGCAAGGUCCUCCCCAUGGCCGAGUACCUCAAGCUGGAGUUCAUCAAGGAGAUAGGUUACACUCACAUGAGGAUGUCUGAAGGCGUGAACUCUCUGCUGCAGAUGGCCGGGCUGCUGGGGAGACUCUGCAGACGGCCCGCUAACAGCUGAGAGAUCUGCUGCUCG